UGCUCUGCUUACUCUUUACUCCUUUCUUCUCUGCUCUGCUUACUCUUGACUCCUAUCUGCCCUGCUUACUCAGGAUUCUGCUCUGCUUACUCUUUACUCCUAUCUACCCUGCUUAUUCAGGAUUCUGCUCUACUUACUCUUUACUCCUAUCUGCUCUGCUCUGCUUACUCUUUACUCCCAUCUGCCCUGCUUAUUCAGGAUUCUGCUCUGCUUACUCUUUACUCUUUUCCGCUCUGCUCUGCUUACUCUUUACUCCUAUCUGCCCUGCUUACUCAGGAUUAUGCUCUGCUUACUCUUUACUCCUAUCUGCUCUGCACUGCUUACUCUUUACUCCUAUCUGCAAUGCUUACUCAGGAUUCUGCUCUGGUUACUCUUUACUCCUAUCUGCUCUGCACUGCUUACUCUUUACUCCUAUCUGCAAUGCUUUCUCAGGAUUCUGCUCUGGUUACUCUUUAUUCCGCUCUGCUCUGUUUUAUUCUCUAUUCUGCUCUGGUUACUCUGGAUUACUCUUCUUCAGCCCGAGUUACUCUUCUUUACUCUUCGCCGCUCUGCUGUGCUCUCUCCUCUGUUCUGGUUACUCAGGAUUACUCUUCUUCAGCCCAAGUUACUCUUCUUUACUCCCGACCACGGUUCUUUACUCCUCUGGUCCAGGUUACUCUCCGAACUCACAGAUUACUCUUGGCUUACUCUCUGGUAGUUCUGCUUAGAGUAACAAGUACUCUGAGCUCACUGGUAGAUACCGUAAGGCCAAGGAGUAAACGUGAUUUAGUCGUCUGUCAUCUGCUAAGGUUUUACUCCCGCUAUUCUUCUUUACUCCUAGCCACUGCCAUUUACUCCUCUGGUCCAGGUUACUCUCCAAACUCACAGAUUACUCUUGGCUUACUCUCUGGUAGUUCUGCUUAGAGUAACAAGUACUCUGAGCUCACUGGUAGAUACCGUAAGGCCAAGGAGUAAACGUGAGAUUAGACUUGAACUACACGUGGACCGGAAGUCAUCCAAGAUGGCGGAAUUACACGUGGACCGGAAGUCAUCCAAGAUGGCGGGCUUUCAAGGGAU